AUGCAGGUGGACAGCACUGAUUUUAUGCAGAGCGAUCUUCAGUGUGGGGGAAAGAUGCCACUACAUAUUCUGACCAUGCAUGAAGAUUUUUCCCCAGAAAAUUGUGAGUAUCUAAAUCAAAUGGCAACAAUGCUCAUCGAACAAGGUCAUGCUGAUGUAAAUGCAUUGUUUCAUGAUCAUACUCCUCUAUCAUGGUGUAUUGUUAGAGGAAAUACAGAACUUCUUAGAAGUUUGUUGGAGACAAACAGAGUGGAUCCAAACAAAAUUAUAUCAGAAGAAAUAGGAGUACCUCUUACUGUUGUUUUGUCAGAGAAAUUAACAGCACAUAUUGAUGUAGAUACCAGGCUGAAAAUGCUAUGGCAUAACUAUUGUGCAAUAUUCUAUAUAUCUUUGACAAGUAAUGAGUUACCUAUCCUUCCACAAACUGAAGCCAAUGGCAAGCACAGGCACUCACUUGUUCAGUGUGCAGCACAGCAUACAAUAAUGACAUCUGGUCCUUUGAACUGUGCAAAUAGCAAGCUUCCCUCUGCAACUUCCUCUGUUCUUGCUCAAAACUUCAAAAGCAAACUAUAUGAGAAGUUUCCCAAUCCUGUUAAAAUUCUGAUGAUAAAAUCCUUUGAUGGUGAAAAAUAG